AUUAAUCAAAACGCAAUAAAUUGCACUGAAUUACAAUUAGGUUUCAAUAAAAAUCGUUACUAGAGAUAAAAUAUUCUCAAUAUAUUAUAAUAUGACGCUCGUAAGUUUUGUUUGAAUAGUGUACUAUUACAUUAUGCUUAAAAAUAGAACAUAAGAUAUGAAACACAAAACAGUCAGCUGUCAGAUGACAUCCGUCUAGUGUCAACGCAUUGAAAUUGUCAAACAAAAAAAUAGGUUAUGUUUGGAUAAGGUAAAAUUACGUAUUUACGUAAUUAUUUACCAUUUACCUCACUUAAUGUUGACUAAAAACCAACCGCAACCUCAUUUUACUUUAUAGUUUUGUGCAAAAUGUGCCGUUUCGUGCGCUAUUGUGUGACGUUAGGUCUAUUUUAGGACCGUUGAUAUUUAGGCCGAAUCGCGUCCAAAGGUGAAGGUUUUGGAUGCAAUUAGCAGUUUGAUCGGUUGAGUGCGACCCUCCCGUGUCUCCCGUGCCUUAAUAUGGACGAGCUAAAGCACCGGGCUGGAGAGAGACUGGAAGCUUUGCAUGAAGCUGCUCGAACAGCUGCAGAUUCCGGCAAAUCCAGAGUUCAGGAUGUCAUCAAUCAAACUGCGGAGGCCAUUAAAAAGAUACAUGAUGAGCAUGACACCAACCAAUUAUUGCAAAUGGUACAAGAAACUAUUUUAAAGGUCCGCGACGCGUUCCACGAGUUAUGGAACAACGAGCUGAUAGUAGAAGGCAGGGAGCGCGUGGUCGAGUGGUCCAGGGAGGCAGUCAAGAGGAUAAAGGAGGGCGCACCGCCCCUGUCGCCGAUCGUGCUUUACGAAGAGUUACUUGCGCUGUUUCAUGAUAGAGUAUGGCGGCGCAGUAUGCUAAUAUUUGCGUGCGGGCUCGUUGUGGGCGGCGCGACAGGGCUGGCGGUGGGGCUGCGUGCGGGGGCGCGACCCCCCACCGGACCUCACGCGCGCGCCCUACACACACACUCCGAUCACACUGUUAUUCUAGUCGAGGACGCUGUGGCGCCUGGCGCGGCGGCGGGUGAGGUUCUAGUCAGAGUGCAGGCGUUCAGCAUAUGCAGUUUAGACCGCAGCACUCUAAGGGGCAGGGGAUACCUGCUGCGCUCGUUACUGACCAGGGGACAUGUCACAGUGGGACGAGGGUUUGCAGGCGUGGUGCUGGACGUGGGUCACGGGGUCCAGGACCUGGAGAUGGGCGACGAGGUGUGGGGCUGCGUCAGCGAGUGGAGCGGCGGGGCGGCCAGCGAGCUACUCACUAUACGCAGCACGCGCGUGAGCAAGCGUCCGCGCGGCGUGUCGGCCGACCGCGCCGCCGCGCUGCCGUGGGGCGGCACCGCGGCGCUCGCGGCGCUGCGGCGCCUCGCCUUCCACAAGCACAACGUCAAGGGGAAACGUGUGGCGAUCUGUGGCGCGUCGAGUGGCGAGGGGUGUGCGCUGGUGCAGAUCCUGUCCGGCUGGGGCGCGCACGUCACUGCGCUUGCGCCGCAUCACACCGCGCUCACGCUCAGGGACUUGGGUGCGCAAGAGUACGUGGAUGACCAGGACGGCAGCGCAGAACAUUCUCCCUCGUGUUGGCUGGCGUUAGAGCAGAGGGCGCUGCGGUCGGGUCCGUGGGACGCGGUGGUGGCGUGCCGGGGGGCGAGGGCCCCCAACACCAUGCCGCAGCCCACGCCCAUACUCAAGGCGACGGCCCCGCGCGGUGCGAUGCUGGACCUCCGGCCCGCGCCGCUGCUGACGGACCGCCUCCCCGCGCCGCUGUCGCUCGUCUUCGUAGCCUCCUUCUACACCUACAGGGUGCUCAGGUGGUUGGUGGGUGCUGGGAGCCACACCGACUGGCUGGAGGAGCCGCUGCGACUCCGUGCAGGACUCGAAACCCUCACCAACAUGGUUGAGAACGGGGAACUGGCGCCCAUACUUGAUAAGGUGUACCUCCCGCAAGAGUUCGAGAGUGCGCUCGCGCACGCCUGCAGCCACCACGCGCUCGGCACCACCGUGCUGCGCUUCCCCUAGCCGCCGCCUCGCUACACUCCACUAACAAUACCCGCCCUACUUACUGUCCCACUGCUGGGCACGGGCCUCUACUAUGAGUGGAUCAUCGAAAGGAAGGUCACAGUACACACCGAUACAAUAUACACAUACUCACGCCUUGUAUUCCCGAAGGAGUAGUGGGGGAGUAGUGCAACUGGUGCAUCUACUUUCUGCUGUAUAUUCCGACAUAUCAGGCAAAAAUUCCAGUUUCCGAGCUGAUAUUAAAGAGAAAAGCCCAAUAUCGCUCGACUCGGAGAUCGAACCCAAGACCUCAGCACUAGAAUCGUGCUGUAGUGCAACUACGGCACUGAUGCAAUCUGUUAUUUUUUUCAUGUAAUAAUUGAACGAACGGGUACAUACUCAAACAUUUCGCUAUGUUUUAGACUUUGUUAGUAAGACCUCGUGAUGGCGACUGAUGUAUGUUUAUUCAGAGACUAUAUACGUCCAGAUUGUGUUGUACUCGUCAACUUUCAGUAAACGUUCUAUACAGAGUAUUUAGACUUUAGACCUGGCCUAGUCUAGUAAUUUCGGUAGUACUUAUAGGGAAGGUUUAGGCCUUGCUGCCUACUAAUCGAAUUGAACUUAAAUAUGGCGGCACGAGCCGCCAUAUUUAAGUAAUAAUAAUAAUAUGUAAUAAGGCCCAGUUUGCAACAAGGCGGUGUCGCGUGAUUGUGGGAGAUAUUGACACCUAUUUUUAUCUGUAAUUUUUGAAUAUACAAAAUGUAAUAAAGGAAAAUAAUCUAAUUUAUAGUUUGAUGAAGUAGGAAAUUGCUAUUUUCAUUUGUUGUCUUGAGUAUGAAACCUGCAAUUUUACAUAAAUUAUCGAAAUUGUAGCUAUACCAAAAUAAUAAUCUUAGUUCAAAAGGUCUGUUUGCAGCGGCGUCACAGAGUGUUAUAACUGGUUUAUUUCCACGGGUCCCUGACUUCAGAAGCCCCAAAGUAUAAAAUUUAUAAAAUUUUAUGCUUUAGUACCUAAAAAGUAGUACGAAUUUGUAUAGGCAGUGGUGAUUUUAGGACGCCCUAGUGCGGAGCCAUAUCGGAGGACAAUUACUCCCACCCGGGGUCUCAGUUAAGGCCUCUAACUAAUUUUAAUGGGAAACGCCCCAUUCGAUUUAUUUUCCGCGGGUCCUUAACAUUAGUUAGUCCACUGUUGUGUAACGUUUUUAAUGAUAAAAUUCUGAACUUAUUUUGAUAUUUGGUAUAGAGUUGGGUCGAUCUCCCAAAGACUACGCUUUGUUUAGCAUUGAACGCGAGUGUAGCCGCCAGCAAAAGCGAGUGAUCGAUAAUAGUUUGACCUUACCGUGUAUUAAGUGUCGGAAUGCGAAACAUAAUAAAAUCUGUAAAUAAAAAUAUUUAUAUUACGAUUUUGGAAUCAAUUUUUGAUGUUCCUAUUUUAUUAUCGACUAUUGUCUGACUUCUCAAAUGCACAAUAAUUUAGAUAAUAUAUUUUUUGUACUGUUUAUAACUUUGCCGUCCGCUAGCCAAAACAUUUAUCUACGAAAACGAAAUUUUAGGAUACGAACUACAAUUCAAUUCGUUUUUUUAUUUGCUUUGAAUGAUUAGACGAGCUUGCCGUUCGCGCGAUGGUAAUAAGAUUGCCCAUAAACAGUAGAACUACAUCCAACACCUUGAAUUACAAAGUAUUGUUUGGUGUUCCACUGCGCUCGCCAUCCUAAAACAUGAGAUGAGUGUUAUGUCCAGUAGUUAUACUGGAAACAAUGUCCUUCAAACCGGAACACAAUAGUGACUACACACUAUUGCUUGCCGGCAGAAAUAAACAUUGCGGUGUUACCUACCCAGGCGGACUCUCACAUAUGAGAGACCUACCACCAGUAUUCAUAACUGUCAGUAAUAUUAAGUCUAUAUUUUGAUAUCUAAAGCUACUAUAUCACUCAUAUUGCAUUCGUCAAGGAAAAUUAUUUUAAAUUUCUGCUUAAUUUUUCACCCGUAUCCUAAAACUUGGAUUUUGUAGAUGACGACAUUUUAGCUAGCGGGCGGCAGAAAUGGCGUCGCCACUUAGGGAAGAGGGGGAUAUAAGUUUAUAGACAUAAAAAGAAGAUUGAGGUUACUUUAGUCUCGGAUAAAAGAGAGAAGUUCGAACAAUAAGUACAAUGAUGCCAUACUGGAAUAAAAUCAAACAUUAAAUUUUGGACUUUUUUCGGAUCUUUUCAUAGGCAUAUAAAGAAGAUUAAACUCACCUAAGUUUCGGAUAAAAGGUAGAAGUUCGGACAAUGAGAACAAUGCUCCUAUACUAGAAUAAAAUCAAACAUUAAAUUUUGGAUUUUUGUUCGGAUUUCUCUAAUCAAUGCGUCCUAAGUAAACUAUCGUAUCUGGAAAAAAAAAAGGAUUUUUUACUUAAUAAAAAGUUAACAAAUGAAGACUUUUUAAAGUCUUUGUUAGUAAACAAUACCCAAUAA